AUGUUAAAAUUAAACCAGAACUCCCUGUGCCAGACAACGGUGGGCCAAAUUGUUAAUCUUAUAUCCAAUGACGUUAACCGUAUGGACGAGGUACAUUAUUUAGCAUUAUGGGACAUGCUAUACGACACUCUCGACAAUAUCUCUAUCGAGUUAAGGCCUGGAGAUCUUCUUGCGAUUAUAGGACCGGUAGGUUCGGGAAAGAGUUCAUUUCUAAUGGCAUUACUCCGGGAGCUACCUGUGUUUAAAGGGAACAUACAUAUUACGGGCACCGUUAGCUAUGCAUCUCAAGAGUCGUGGAUUUUUAACGAUAAUAUUAUAAAUAACAUAUUGUUUGGCAUGAAUUACGACGAAUGUCGAUAUAAGCGUAUAAUAGAGGUGUGCGCAUUGGAAAAGGAUUUACACGUACUACCAUUUGGCGAUAAAACAUUAGUGGGAGAGAAAGGGGUGCAAUUAUCAUGUGGUCAAAAGGCCAGGAUUAAUUUGGCUAGGAACACGGAUAUCGUACUAAUGGACGACCCGUUAAGCGCUGUGGACACCGGUGUAGCCGAAUGUAUAUUUGAUAAAUGUAUCAUGGAGUACUUAUUUAGCAAAAUUCGUAUACUGGUCACCCAUCAAAUCCAAUUCGUGCGUAAGGCCACGCAAAUACUGGUGCUCGAUAAGGGUCGGUGUAUUGGGUUGGGCACGUAUGACCAACUCCAGGCCCAGGCCCGGAGCCCAAUAUACUCGCACGUGAGCACUACCCUAAAUGGCAUUGCAAGUAUACGCGCGUAUGGUGCUCAACAGGCUGUUGAAAAACAAUUGCACGUGUACCUUGAUGAUCACAGCGCCACCUGGUUCCUAUUUUUGUGCGCAUCGCGAUCACUGGGAAUGGUAUUGGACGGGCUGUGUAUCGUGUAUUUGGUGAUCAUUUCGGUGAUGUUAAUGGCAUUCCCUGAUAACGUAUCUGCUGGUGAUGCUGGGCUAGCAUUCUCAUCCGUACUGGGGCUCGUAUAUAUGACACAAUGGGGUGUCCGUCAAACUACGGAACUCGAGUCCCAAAUGACUUCCGUCGAGCGUAUCGUUGAGUACUCGAGACUACCACAGGAGGCGCCACUAAUCUCACCACAAAACGACCCCUACCUUAAACCACCCCCACCUGAUUGGCCACCGAAUGGCCAAAUAAUGUUUAAAAAUGUCAACCUAUUCUACCAGACCUCAAACACA